AUGCAGGAAAGGGAAUUUAAAGCAUGGCUUUCGUGCGCUCGUGAUGACUAUAAUUCGUGUAAAAAUCUUUUAGAAACGUCCAAGAAUGAUCCGCAAAACGAACCGUAUAAAUCUAAAUAUAAAGCGAAAGAUACUUUCAUGAAUCUUCUAUCCCAGAUGAACCAAUGGAAAUCAAGUGACAAUUUAUUUAUUAUUGCAAUCCGUGCGCUUUUCAAAUAUUACAUAGGAGUCAUAGAUUUAGAAACAGAAGAGCUUACUUCAGCUUGCGAUUCUCUGACAAGCUGUUGGGAAGAAUUGCAAGAUGUUUCAGGAAAGCCAGAAAUUUGCACUUUGGCUGUGAGUGUUUUAAAUCAGCUGAGUAUUUUAUGGUCAAGUAGAGGUGAACUUAAUAAAGCAUUGAAUUAUUUGGAAAAAGCAGAAGAGUUAUACAAUUUCUAUAAGGCUUCAAAUGAAAAUGGUCCAUAUACUUUUGAAGAUCUUUUUGAGACGGAGGACACUUUAAUACGUGAUUGGAUGUCAUUUGAAAAAUUAUUCACUUAUACUUUAUGGUACCUAGCACAAGUUUGCGAACGUAUGAAUGAAAAUGAGAGGUCUGCAAAAUACUGCCAUGAAACUUUGAAGAGACAACUAAAGACAAAAAACUUUGAACACAAGGAAUGGGCAGUAAACUGUGCUACAUUAUCACAGUAUUACAUUCAAGAAAAAAAUUAUGCUUUAGCUCGACAUCUUUUAUCUAGUUCAACUUACAUUCUUGAGAUUUUCGAAGCUACUCAGGUGGAAGCUGUGAGAGAUGAAGACUCGCAGGAUGAUCUAAAGCGAAGUAAAGCAGAAGUUGGGUGGUGCUGGUUGAAAUAUUGUAUUAAUUUACUCACUGAUUCAGCUGAAAAGGACUUUCCCCGUGAAAAUACUUCAGUUGAGCCACAUUUAAGACUUUCUGAUGAGAAAAAAGUUUUAGACAUGGAAACAGAAAUAUUGUGCAGUGUUUCCAAUUUCGCUGAAGCACGAAAAGUUUUUCUUUUUGGACAGAAUUGUGUAACUGAAGUAAAAAGUUACUAUACUUUAGAUACUUAUGCAAAUAAUCAUGUUCAAGCUGUCCAGGACUAUAGUAAAUUAUAUAAAGCCCUUGCGUUACAUGAACGAGAUACAGGACGGUUGAGUAAAAUGAAUAAGCGUUGUAUAGACAUGUUGGAAUUUGUUUUAUCCAAAAUGAAUCCUCAAUAUUAUUUGGCAGUUUGCAGACAAUUGAGGUUUGAAUUGGGAGAAACAUUUUACGAAAUGGUUGACCUAAAAUUGAAAACUGCAAACUCAAAUCCUCAAGGUCUUUCUGUAGCUGUGAUACAGAAAAUCAAUUCAUAUAUCAUGCACAGCAUUAAGCAUUUUUCGGGCUUUUUAGAUUCACUUCGAGAGAGCUCUGGAGAUCUGCCGGAGACUUUUUCUGAAGAUCUUGCUCGCCCAGCUUUAGUUGCUCAUUUCUAUUGCGGUAGACUUCAUUCAAAGUUGAUUGUUCAAGAUACUACAGAAAAGCUGAAAAACAUUUCUAAAUGUGAAGAGAAUUAUAAAUUUAUAGUGAACUAUGUUGAAAAAAAUCCUGAGCAUGCACAUUUUAUGACAAAGGAACUGCCUGUUAUAAAAGAAAUGUUGGAAUUGUUGCCGGAAAAGAUACUUCAAAUUCAUGGUUCAACUAUUUAUUAGUUUUUUCCUCUCCAUUUUCUGCAAAUUUAUGUGUAUCAAAUGAGUUGUAGAUUUUAAGAAGGGGAAGGACACUGGGAGCCCAUGUUCCCUCCUCCUUUCGGAAAAGAGAAAAUUAAUUUAACCAUCCGUUUAAUAUUUUUUAAAUUCCUUCCUCUACAAAACCACGUUUUUUAAACUCAUUUAAAAAACACAACAUAAUCACUUUUGUUUGCUAAGUAUUACUGAAGUUUGAAAGAAUACAUUUAAUUCGCUUGUCGCAGCGUCUUGGAAUUGAAUUAUGCUACUAUCACAAUUCAUCUAUUAAUGCUUCUUUGGUAAUGUCAGUAAUUAACAUUACAAAAAAGUGCACCUAGAAGAGCUACUUCAAUCUAGGUAACUCAUUGUGAAAUUAUGAACUACUUUUUCAGCUUAUUAGAUGAAAAAUGAAAGAAACCUCGCAGUACUUUCAGGCUAAGGCCCCUAUAUAUAUAUGAGCCGAUGCAUCAGCUUAAGAUCAGCCUUUUUGGAUCAGAGCGCGUGUUUGAGGGGUUGUCUUUUCUGGCGGGUUAUCGCGUUGGUGAUUGUUUACUGUAAACAAUUAUUAGCAGCACGUGAAUUGUUUGUAAAAUAAAAUGUUAUUUUCUGCAAAUUUGGCGAAAUCUGAAACUUUGCUGUGGUAACCCAAGCAGUGCAAUGAUGAAAAAUCUGAUCCAAAAUGGCUAAACUUAAGCUGAUGCGUUGGCUCAGCGGCUCUACUUCAGGCAGGGCCGGUGUCGGCCGCCCGCGUGCAAAAAUCCAAUGUGCCGCCCCUCCAGAGGAUUUUGCAUAAUUUGACUAAUACUUAAGGUCCUAUCCAUACUCUUCAAAUUAUUUUAUCAAGUUCGAUCUUUGAAAAGAAAAAAAAAAGAAAAUUUAUUUGAAUUCUGAAAUUUUGAAUUAAAAUUAUGUUUCUCGCAAUCACGACAGGACCCUACUCAUUGGAGUUAUUGUUUCUUGAAGCGGCUCCUGUCACCCCAAGCCUGCCCCUCCUCCUGGGCGGUUACGUUUGUAUAGUUGUGUGUGCAGGCGUGCGUGCAUGUGUAGGCUUGUGUGUGUGCGUAGACCUGUGUGUAUGCACUUGGGCAUGUGUGUAUGUGUGUAACGACGCAUGUGUGUGAACGUGCGUUUGUAUAGGACAUGGACGCCAUCGACCAGGAGAAGCGGAAUUCGGGUGACAGUGAUCAAGACCAGAGGAGCCGGUGGGCAGUGGUGCUGCAGUCCUGGUCCUAGCAGAAAAAGGAACCACAAUGCCAAGGACCGUCAAAUGAGAACAAUAAGCAAUCGUGAUUGCUCAAAAAAUGAAAAGGAUGAAUUUAUAAAACUAAGAAAAGUUUUUUUUUUUUUUUUUGAGUUGACGAUAAAACAUUCAAAAUUGACGUCAAAAAUUGCAGUUUUUGGAAACUUUAGUUGUAAGGUAUUUUGGGGUUCUCUCCUGAAAUUCUUUCAAAAUUGAAGUCAAUUUUAAGCUAUUUUUGGUGACCUUAGCUUAGGAAAAAUCGCGGUCUUCCCGAAGUUGGAAAGUCAAAACUUCCCGAAAAUUCUCCAAAAGCGGAAGUUUUGAACACACAAUUUUGAGCUAUAUUUGUUGAGGUUAUGGAUGAGAGGGGUGUUUCGAACGCUUCUUAUUCAAACUUUUCGAAAUUGAAGUCUAAGACGUCAUUUACCACUGUAAAAUGUCGGAAAUGGAAAUCAAAAUAAGAAAAAAAAAUGCUAUACGGUAGCCCGGGGCACGUUUACAGAGGUUAGAAUUUAUUAUGUGAC